AUGGCGCCCGAAGUGGUUCAGCAAACGGGCCACGACUGCAAGGCCGACAUCUGGAGCGUCGGUGCGACCGUGCUCGAGAUGGCCACCGCGCACCACCCGUGGCCCGCGAAUACGAACCACUUGUCGGUCAUGUACCACUUGGCGGUCAAGCCGUCUAAGCGCGCGACAGCGAUCGAGCUGCUCGCCCAUCCGUUCUUGCGCUGA